AAUGGGAUUGGAGCAUUCAGGCCACACCCCUAUUCUGCAUUCUAGUGUGGCCCUGGUUACGCCUCCUCUGUCUCAGUCACACAGCAGCCUGGUAGGAGACUGGAGGUGUUUGCUGAUGUGGCCCCAACCCUACCUCCCUCCCCACCCCAUGAUGUUACAAGAAACUGGAGAGAACAAAUUGGCAGCAGCCAAGAAAAAGCUAAAAGAAUAUCAGCAAAGGAAGAGCCCUGGUGUCCCAGCAGGAGCAAAGACAAAAAAGAAAAAACCUGGCAGUAGCCCUGAGACAACCACUUCUGGUGGUUGCCACUCACCUGGGGAUAGCCAGUACCAAGAACUAGCAGUAGCCCUUGAGUCAAGCUCCGUGACAAUCAAUCAACUCAAUGAAAACAUAGAAUCAUUGAAACAGCACAAGAAACAAGUGGAACAUCAGCUGGAAGAAGCAAAGAAAACAAACAAUGAAAUACACAAAGCACAAACGGAGCAGUUAGAGACAAUCAACAUCCUCACAUUGGAAAAGGCAGACUUGAAGAUCACCCUUUACCAUACUAAACGUGCUGCCCGACACUUCGAAGAAGAGUCCAAGGAUCUGGCUGGCCGCCUGCAAUACGCCUUACAGCGUAUUCAAGAAUUGGAGCGGGCUCUCUGUGCUGUGUCUGCACAGCAGCAGGAAGAGGACAGGUCCUCGAGCUGCAGUGAAGCGGUCCUCCAGAGGCAGUUGCAGCAGACCAUAAAGGAGCGGGCACUGCUGAACGCACACAUGACACAGUUGACAGAGUCACUAAAACAAGUCCAGCUACAGAGAGACGAGUAUGCUAAACACAUAAAAGGAGAGAGGGCCCGGUGGCAGGAGAGGAUGUGGAAAAUGUCGGUGGAGGCUCGAACAUUGAAGGAAGAGAAGAAGCGUGACAUACAUCGGAUACAGGAGCUGGAGAGGAGCUUGUCCGAACUCAAAAACCAGAUGGCUGAGCCCCCAUCCCUGGCGCCCCCAGCAGUGACCUCUGUGGUGGAACAGCUACAAGAUGAGGCCAAACACCUGAGGCAGGAGGUGGACGGUCUGCAGGGAAAGCUCCAAUCCCAGGUGGAAAACAACCAGGCCUUGAGUCUCCUGAGCAAGGAACAAAAGCAGAGACUCCAGGAGCAGGAGGAGAUGCUCCAGGAACAGGAGGAGAUGCUCCGAGAGCAGGAGGAGUGGAGGGUGCGGGAGCAGGAGAGACUGUGUGAGCAAAACGAGAGGCUUUGGGAGCAGCAGAAGACGCUACGGGAGCAGGGUGAGAGGCUGCGAAAGCAGGAGCAGAGGCUACGAAAGCAGGAGGAGAGGCUGCGAAAGGAGGGGGAGAGGCUGCGAAAGCAGGAAAAGAGGCUGUGGGACCAGGAGGAGAGGCUGUGGAAGAAGGAGGAGAGGCUACAAAAGCAGGAGGAGAGGCUCGCGCUCUCCCAGAACCACAAGCUUGACAAGCAGCUGGCCGAGCCACAGUGCGGCUUCGAGGAUCUGAACAACGAGAAAAAGAGCGCACUGCCAUUGGAGCAGCAAGUAAAGGAGCUGCAGGAGAAGCUAGACGAGGUGAAGGAGAUGGAGCACCUAGAAGCUGCCAGCCAGCAGGACCAACAGCUGGAGACUCAGUUGAGCCUCAUGGCUCUCCCUGGAGAAGGAGAUGGAGGAGAACAUCUUGACAGUGAGGAGGAGGAGGCGCCUCAGCCCACGCCAAACAUCCCAGAGGACCUGGAGAGCCGGGAGGCCAUGAGCAGCUUUAUGGACCUCCCGAAGGAGAAGGUGGACGGGACGGAGCAGGUGGAGAGACCAGAGCUUGGAUUCGUCCAGCCUUCUGGAGUGACAGAUGGCAUGAGAGAGUCCUUCACCAUAUAUGAAAGCCAGGGGGCAGUGCCAAACACGUGGCACCAGGAGAUGGAGGAUGUCAUCAGGCUGGCCCAGAAGGAGGAGGAGAUGAAGGUGAAGCUGCUGGAGGUGCAAAAGCUGGUGUUGCCCCUUGUGGGCAACCACGAGGGGCAUGGCAAAUUCCUCACCACUGCCCAGAACCCUGCUGAUGAGCCCGCUCCAGGGGCCCCAGCCCCCCAGGAACUUGGGGCUCAGGAUGAUUUUUAUGAAGUGAGCCUGGACAACAACGUGGAGCCUGCACCAGGAGCGGCCAGGGAGGGUUCUCCCUAUGACAACCCCACUGCACAGCAGAUCGUGCAGCUGUCUCCUAUAAUGCAGGACACUUAGGAGCACCCAGGCUUGCCCAGCAAACCCUGCAUACCAUUCUUUUACCGGGCAGCCAAGAACAGAGAGAUAAACAUCAUCAUCUUAUAAGAGCUGGUCAAGAAAUUUAAAACAACAACAACAAAAGUUACGGGGUUCAUCUCCUACACAAUUCAUUUACUCCAUUUGAAUGUUAGAGUCACUCACAUUUAUUUGUGUUUCUAAUUUACCGUUUAAAUGUAUUUGUAAAAAGUUAAGGGAGAGUUGGUCUUUCCCUGAUGUUCUUUCUGGCA